AGCAGUGGGGCACAUUUUUCCAGCUGUUUGCCAGCAGCUGGAUAUAGACCAGGAAAGAGUGAGACAGCUCAGAGUGUGUAAGAGCUUCACUUUCAUUUCUGCCUCAGAACCUCCAGCAAAGCCGUGGCCAGCUGCCAGAAAGCCACAUAGUUUGAUGGGUUCAUCUCAGUUCACGGCGCCGACACAGACAGCCUUUUGAACUCACCUUCUGUAGUUGUGAGGACGAAACCAACCGCAGAACUCUGACCCAGAAGCUGCUCCUCUAAUGUUGAGCUCAAACAAGUCCUCACUAUCCAGCUCGCCGAGACACAUUCUUCACAGAGAAACGAAACUUUCCGUGUGUGUGUUUGUGUGGCUCCAUGUUGUGACUUUCCAGAGGUGGUGUGGGGAGAGGGGCGGGGCCGCUCUCCUCCCUCUCUGAAGGGAAACUCCGACUCACUCCGGCCCACGUCCUUCACCCAGAGCAGCCGCUCCAUCUUUGCUCGCCAUGGAGAGCCCGUCCAAGUCAUCCCAGAAGGCCAAGAACGUGGUCAUUGCUCUGCUGUCCAUCUGGUCCAUCAUCUCGCUCAUCAUCAUCGUGGUGUGGUCCACCUCGCCAGACCUGAAGGGUGCAUCCAAGUACCGCUCCGAGCUGCAGGAGAUGACAGAGAAGCUGGAGGGCACCAAGGUGGUGUGCAGCAAGAACAAGAUAGCGCUGGAGGAGAUGCUGCAGGAGGCCCGGGAGGCGCAGGAGAGGCAGAGGGCAGAGAACCUGGUGUUGCUGGGCCAGCUCAAUGCCACCAACUUCACGCUGGCCGAGUGUCGGCAGGAGAACGUGAAUCUGGGUCUGAACAUCAGCGCGCUGCUGGACGAGGUGGAGCAGUUGCAUCAGAGGGAGACCAAUCUCACGGCUCAACUGCAGCUGCAGGAAGAGCUGGUGGAGGUCCUGCAGCACAACAUGACUCUGGCCGCCCUCCAGACCGAUGCUUGCUUCAGCAAGAAGGCGGCGGCCGACAGCCAGAUGUUAGCUGCGCAAAGCGAGACCCGAGCCUGCGAGUCCAGUCAGGAGUACCUGCAGAAGCAGCUUCAGAAGUGUAAAGGGACCAACUCAGCCGCGCCCCCUCAGAAGCAGCAGGACGUGACCAGCAAACCUCUGCAGACCUCUGCCACGGGUGCUGCCGUUCCGCUCGCCGGGAUCCAUGUGGCAGUGUUGCUCAUCAGCUCUGGACUGCAUCUGAUAACCUGAGCAGCGCAAUCGCGUUAAAGGAGCCGACGGCGAGGACUGUGAUCCAGGGAAAAAGUGGGCGGAGCCUGGAGCGACUCAUCGACUGCUGUAAAAACUUCCAUGGCGACACGUUCCGCCGUCCUGAGAACCGUAGAGAUGAACUUUUGCUUUGACUUGAAGAGAGUUUUUCACCACUGCUGCUUUCCUUGCGUCGAGCGAACCUGCACGCUUUCUUUGUUUAUGUAUCUAACCUUUGAUGCUGAAACGAUCGGAGAUGAAGCACGAAACUUCGUGAGACAAAGUAAUUCCGGAUUUCAACCCGGUUCCUCCUGAUAAUUUCCCAAAAUCUGAGUGUCAAUGGCAAGACAUCUUGCGUUUAAACUCUGAUUUGAGUGAAGGAUCAAGCAUAUGACCGAUUUCCCAUCAUGCACUGGUGCUCGUCCAACUGCAGGAGUUUACGUCCGCAGCAGCUCGGUUGUAUUUUGACUGAGACAGAAAGUCUGUAAGUUAGUGGUUGAUGCAUGUUGUUAGCUACAGCUUUGUUGUGUAAUGUGUCACAUUGACGUAGAAAGUUUGGCAAUUGUUGUGGUGGAAAGGGAAAGCCAUGAUCAAAACUCACUUGAAACUUUGAUAAUUUUGACAGUAGUUUAGAUAUGAUCACUGCCAAAACUAAAUCCUGUCAUCGUCCACGUCAGACGGGUUUGUCAUCACAGAUUGAGGACGCUGAAGUUUUACGUAAUGUUUCUCCCACUGUCUCGUUCGUCUUGUUGCUAUUGUUUGUGAACUCGCUGCCUGAAGCUCCAUCAACUCUGAAGCUUAUUUUAUUUCGACUGUUGGUGCUGGUGGACGCUAAUAAAC